AUGAGUGUUGCUGCUGCUGCUGGUGCCGCCGCAGCCGCCUGCGUUGCGCGCUGGACAAACGCUGCGCCUGUGAGCACCGCUGCCGCCGCGCACCGGAGAUCUCCACCGUUUACAGCGCUGACGUCAAGGUUUCAAGGGAUCAUCAGCAGGUGCCACAGGGUCCUAGAGGGAGAGAGAAGGACAGAAAGAAAGCCAGAACAUGAGAAAUACAGAGGUCCUCAGCCCAAAUUCAAAGACUUUCUGACCAGCCACCAACCAAACUCUGUAAAAUUUGACUCAUCACCAAAAAACACCUCCUGCUCCAAGCCACACACCUGCAACUCAUCCACUAAUCAAGCGCUGCAGUAUAUCAACCCUGGUCUUUCUUCCACUCAUCACCAGAUUGUUGUUUUCAACCCAUGUGGAUCUGUCUGUCUGCCUCCCCCAGCAACUCUGCCAGCCAGCCUCGCUUGGUUUCAGCUACACAGCCACACAUACCUCCGGACUUGGACCCUAGCCAUACCUCAUCAACCCACGGCUCCUCUCUCACCCCUCGGUCUCCGUCCUCUGGCUUCCUUCCCUCAAUCCUAUCAAAACUCUGGUGAACUGUACAAUAAAUCCCCCUUAUCUCUAACUCACCUCUCUGUGUCUGAGUCUGCGUUUGAGUCUGCCUUUGUGAAUUAUAACAAUCCAAAAUAGGCAAACAAGAGAUUUACGAGUGACUUCAAUGAGAAAUAAAAGUGACAGAACAGAUAACAAAUAUUACACUAAAUUUAUUAACAGAUUUUGAGGAGAUGCCAGAUCCAAUCAAAUAGGUCCCAAUCUGGGACCCAGGAACAGGAAUGUUGGAGAAUAAGAGAAUUUCAAUUUUGUCUCGAAACAAUGUCGUAAAAAGACAAAAUCCUUUGAAAAGUUUUUCAUUUUCUUUCUUCCGUGUGUGUGAUGAUGGGUUAUUAUUAUGUUUGUUCAUUAGCAUAUUUCAUAUCCUGCUGCAGUGUUUCCAGCUCUCUAUCUGUCUCCAUCAGUGGUGGAGACAAGACACAGGUGCUGGAUGCUUGCUGAGGAUAGCUUCAUGAGAAAAACAAACACAACACACACACAUUAUGGUAAACAACAACGCUGGCACAUCAUUCACCAAGAUAUACACACACAACCAUUAGUCAGUGUGAGCUUCAAAGAGUAGAAUAACACAUUUAAAUGAAAGCACACACACCAGCAUGUCAUACCCUCAUACAAUCUGUCAAGUCAUCAAAGCUGCUUCCAAAUAUGUCACAGCAUUCAACCAAACCAGACAAACACAUGCCUGCUAUUCUUCACACGCAAGUGCUGCUUUGUCAGACGCUUGGAUGCAAACAGAAUGAUAACUCCUAUAAUCAUCAGCAGCAUGAAAUAUGUAACGAUGUCUCUCACACACAUACACACACAGCGUAAGAUGUGUCAGAGCUGAGUUUUCAGGCAGUAAAAAGGGGGAGAAGAUGAAAGAAGGGUUGAGCAGCUUGUUCGUUCUCCCCAUCUAUUCUGUCAUGUUCACCAGAGGGAGUUUUGAUAGGUGUAUGCUAACACACACGCACACGCACUCAUGCUCAGAGGCACAAGUGACAGAGGCAUAAGACACCAUACAGACUGUGAGACACACACAUGCAGUGUUCGUGGAGAAGUGCCGCAGCAAUAAUUAAAUUUCACUUCAAAGAACCAUGCGGUUGUUUCGAUGGGAGACGGUGCUGAUGCAUGAUUGGUUACCCAAACUAGCAGGUGAGGGACUGUGGGUGCUCCAGGAUACCGGACUAUCCUCCUCUGCUUUAAUACUGCGGGAUGGGCUGUGUAUUGUUGUGCGUCACUAUGUGUGCUAGUAUGUGUGUGUGUGUAGAUAUCUGAAUGACAAUUAAGUUCACAGUAAUUUACUCCUCUUGUAAAAAUUAUUGGACCAUUUUAUCCACCAUUUUGACAUCAAACUAAGCAGUGAAAAACAGGUGUCCUGAUUAAGAAAUGGGAAUACAUCAGCUCUGAGAUGUAGUCAAGACUGGUGUAGAUGAAAUGGUGACUGUUAACCAUGAAAAGACUAAUAAAUGUUAAAGAAUCUAAUUAUAAACUUUUAAAUGUUACAAUAAGGUGGCCUUGUGAAAGGCAUAUGUAAAAGGUGAUCCACUAA